AGCGGAUAUUGCGGAUAUAUCCUGUCAGUGGGCCGGUUUGUGGGUGGGAGCGGUUAUAUUUUUGCUACACACGCCUUGUUGCAUUCCACUUAUUUGCUCAAAAACUCUUCAUGCCGGCCUACCACUCCCAAUUCACAAAUGGGUCAGCAGGAUCAGUGGGCAAUAUGGUCAUUCUUCCUAUCAAGUCUCAGUACAGGGGCCCAGCUCCAAAGAGCACUGAUGAGACAGACAUCAUUGAUGAAGCACUCUAUUAUUUCAAAGCCAAUGUUUUCUUUCGAACAUAUGAAAUAAAGAGUGAAGCUGAUCGCGUGCUGAUAUACUUGACGUUGUACAUCUCCGAGUGCUUGAAGAAACUUCAAAAGUGCUCAAGCAAAAACCAGGGUGUCCAGGACAUGAAGGCACUUGCCAUCUCCAAAUUUGACAUUCCAGGAGAAGCUGGAUUUCCUUUAAAUCCAGUCUACGCAAAGCCUUCAUCUCCAUCUGAAGCAGAGACAAUGAGGGCUUACCUUACACAGCUACGACAAGAGUGUGGGCAACGUCUAUGCGACAAGGUUUUUGAUAGUGAGACUGGGAAGCCAAGCAAGUGGUGGCUGUGCUUUGCCAAGAGGAAAUUCAUGGACAAGAGUCUGUCCGGGUUUGGUCAUGCUUACCAAUGACAGGCAUAACUCCCAUUGUCAGACCUUAUCUAAAUGUGUAUGUAAUAAAGAACACACCACAGAAUGUUGAUUCAGUAAGUGAUCUAGCACUGCAUUUUGUAAUCAGUCCCCAAGAAAUAAUUUGUUGAUUAAAACCAAACACAUUCAGAAAUGCU